CUGUAAACACUAUUAUUGAAAAAGAGAAAGAAUUUUUGGACCAUAUAAUCAAGUCAACUAACAUGAAGUGCCUUACUCCACCGUCGGCAUUAGAUGGGGAGUGUGGGUUCCUUGCAGCAAACCUAUAUGCAAAGAGCGUAUUUGGAGAGGAUGCUUUAGUAAAUGUGAGCAUUGAGAAACAAGCCAAGAGCAAAAUAACUGGAUUCAUCAGAAUACGAAGUAAAACUCAAGGAAUUGCUCUCAGUCUCGGGGAUAAAAUCACUCUCAAACAGAAGGGAAGCAGUUGAAUGAAUUCAAUGCCUAUUUUUCACAAGAUCAUCUCCAUAUAAGGCUCAUUGUCCUUGCUUUUCUUUUUGAGAUUCAAUGAUGUUUUUUCUUUUUUUGCAAAAGAAGGCGGAAUGAUUUUAGCUUUUCUUUGUAGUAAAUUAAAUUGUGAGGAUGAAAUAAAGGAAAUUAAUGAGAUAUGAGAAAAUUAUUUGGAUUGAUUUUCA